AUGGCACUGCAACGCUACCAACUCAGCUGGUCGGACCAGCUGAUGACGCGGGUGGAGGCACACCUCCGCGACAUCCACAGCGUGCUACACGAGUACUACGAAAGUUGUGGCUAUCCCACGGAGGUAGAGACCCGCCACGUGGCGAUCAUUCAACGGGCAGUGACAGGGGCACGAGAGGAAAGCGAGUUCACCACCGUUACGGCGGCUUCUCCCGCUCUUCAGUUGGACGUCGUCAGUCCCGCCGGUAGCUUCUUGCUUCGCACGUGCGUUCACGACACACCGUUUCCUGAGCUGCACGCGCAGCGCGGAGUGGGCGCAGACUUGGUGCUCUCCAUUCCUGUCAACCGCUGCACCGCUGCAG